GUGUAUUGAACAAACUCCUUCAGCCAUAUCGUCUUGUUUCUUUCACUCAACAAUCUGCAUUCGCCCUGCUAGGAGUUUAUCCAACUGUUUGCGCUCUGCACUGGAAAAAGGAGUGUGUAGGUCCACUGUAGGAGAACGCGCGCACUACACAGCGCACAAACUGAAACCCUGAUUUUCAGUGUUGGCUGUCUACUUCUCCCCGGCCUAUCAGAGUUAGACCCUGAGAAUUAUUUGUAGCUUUGUAGUUACACGGGAUUCCUUCACUUCAAACCAAUGGAUUGGAUCAAUAUCUUCCGCAGAAUAGGCGUUAGCAAUCCCACCAGGGAGCUGGGAGACGUCGCCCAGGAAUACCAGAGGAGAUUAGAGCUGCGGCGGUCAUCUAUAUCUGCUAUCACGCUGAAUGCGUCUGCCAAAAUGCUGAUUUGCGCUGAGUUGGCCUGCAAAGCGUGCAAACAGCCAUACAAUCCGGCAUCUGUAGUUCGCCUAUCUGGCGAGAGCAAGAAGAACUUCAACCGUGCCCAGCAGACCCUGGAGAAGAUGAUCAUGGGCCAGCGUGCCGGUUGCAGUGUCACGGAAGUAGCCAUUCGCCUGGGCUGUUCAGAUGUGGCACCAAUGGCAGAAGCAGUGCUUGAGCGGUAUCGUAGCUCUUUGGCCCAGACUGUCGCUGGUGCCAGUCGGGAUAGUAUUGACCUCACCUCCCCUGCUUUUGUUGGCUCCGCCAUUGCUGUCGUAUGCAAAUUACUGAAGUUCAAGGUUGAUAAGCGGAAGUUGCGAGAAGAGACGCGGUGCACUUCUACAGAACUGGAUAAGCGCUGCGAGGCGCUCAUGGCAAUAGCAGGACCUGUCGUUGCAGAAGGUCACAGGGCAAAGCAGACAAAGCGACCGCAUGGCUAUGCUUUCUUGGAUUCGGUGGACGACAGCUCUGCUGCAGAUCAGCCAAGCAAGAGGAGUCGGGCACAAGGCGAAGGUGAUGACGAUGGCUUUGGGAGUACAGGCGUGCCAUUCUUUUGCUACCAGCCGCUUCCUGACUUUCCGUCGUGGCGCUCAAGAAUUAUCAGCUCCGCAAACCAGGCACUGGCAGUAUAGCGCGUUAUCUGUUGCUCCUGUUGAUUUGCGUUGGCCACACAGGAGUCAAGAGUGUAAGCUACGUCGCCUGUGAAAUCGAGCAAAGUGUAUUGCCGUAUGUACGUAUGUACGUUUUACCCUCUACGUGUGUGUGUGUGUCUCUUGUUGAUUUGUUUUUCCCAUGUCUGCUCGUGUGAGCUUUUCUUGUGCUCACUCUCCACUGUAUAGCUGUGUUCGUUUUUAUCUGGCACGCCUGUACCAACUGCUUUCUGGCUGAUUAAUCUACAAUUCCUUCUGCAACAAUUUUUUUCGCCAUGAGGCUGGUUCUCUUGUGCCAAGUGCGGGUUGCUUCAACCGGCCUGCUGUAUUUGCUGAUAUAAGCAAUGUUUCCGUUGAGAAUUCGUCCCAUCUCCUCUACUCCUUUUCACGCUGUGCAUGUUUCCUUUCCAGCAGAUCGUGUGUGUCUGUGUCUGUGCGUGCAUUCUCUGCUAAUCUUCCUCUGGCCAUGUUGUGUGUCUAGCUUUUGGUAGACUUUGAUAUUGAGAUUUUUUAAAUAGUUUUUUGAACCAUUGAUGAUGUCACAGUUCUAAGAUGCGCAGUGUGCCAUAUCCUCUUUGUUCAAACCUUGCUGGAUUUUGUCUUUGUCUGUUUUCCAAUGGUCUUCAGCUUUGAAAAAGCACUGCUGUUUCGAAGUUUUCAAGAAUGCGCUGCGUAUGAUGCAGCAAAAGUGAA